AUGUAUGAUUAUGUUCUGUCAAGUUUAGACCAUUGUUUAAAGAUUUUCUCUAUUUCCAUAAUACAUUUAAAAGCUAAAUGUUUUGUCAGUGAAUAUAAUACUUUAUUAAAUCAUAGUAAUCAUUAUUCAAUAGCUGAUUAUCCUAAAUUAACUGGAUUACAUAAUCAAUUAAAAUUGAAUCCAGGUUUAUCUAUAAUACCAAAUUCAAAUCGUUUAACAAGUCUUAUACAUUUUUAUACAUCAAAUCCUGUAUCUUAUUCAUCUAUGAUAGAUGAAAUGACUGGAUUUUUAUCUUAUUAUCAAUAUCAUAUUAUUGGUGGUAUGUUUGAAUCAUGUGAAAUGAAUCCAAAAUUAUUAAAUAUGAGACGUCCAUGUCGUUUUAAUUUAGAUUCAAGUGGUCCAUGUAAUUUAAAAAAUGGUUAUGGUUAUUAUGAAGGUAAACCAUGUUUUAUUAUUAAAUUAAAUCGAAUUUAUGGUUGGUUACCAAUACCAUUAAAUAAUUAUACUAAUAUUUUACUUAAAUGUGAAGGUUUAACUAAACUUGAUUCAGAUUAUUUAGGUAAAAUAUGUUAUUAUGAUAGUGAUUCAUUAAAACAAUAUCAUUCAUUAAAUAAUGAUAUAGAUUGGUGUUAUAAAAAUUAUGGUAUUUAUGAUUCAAUGUUUUAUCCUUAUUUAAAUCAAGCUGGUUAUCAAUCACCAUUAGUAUUUGUACAUUUUCUUAAUCCUAAACGUCAUGUUAUUAUAUGGAUAAAAUGUUAUGCAUUAGCUAAAAAUAUUCAUUCAAAUGAAGGUUCUAUUGUAUUUCAAAUACUUGUUGAUUAAUUUCUAAUACAAAAUACAAUUUCAUUCAUUCAUUCAUUCAUGUUUGUUUCUUUCUUUGUUUAAAUGUAAUUCGAUAUUCAUUGUCAUAUUGAAAAAAAGUAGACAAACAAAUAAACAACAAACGAUUAAAUUUUGUAAAACCAGCUAAUUAUUAUUAAAAAAACAACCAAACAUUCUUAUGAAAACAAGAUUGGUUCCAAUCGAGAAUGAAACCUGCAAUUCAUGUAAUUGAAAACAUUUCAUACCGUUUUUUAUUUUGUUUGUGCUUCUGUUUUCACCAUUUGUUUUUAUUGUUGUUCUUGUUGUUGUUGUUGUUGCUAUCGUUAUUGUUGUAAUUAACAAAAUGUCUG